AUGUCUAAGAUUACUAUCAGAAAACUAUUCAUUUUAUUGUUCGCAAUCGUUUUCAUCUCAAUUAUCUCUUUGUAUGCUAGUCUACAGAAUGUCUACGACAUUAAUUAUCCUAAAUUAGAGAGGAUUCCGAAGUUUGAAGCUGGCCGAAGAAUAUUCCCAAAAACGCGAAAUUUCUUUGAGAACAAUGUGAAUUUCUACAAAAUUGAUCAAAAAGCGUACGCAGUUUCAGCAUUCACUGAUGAUCGCAAUGGCAAUAUGGGAUAUCGAUAUGUGCGAGUUCUUGUGGUCAUAAAACAAAAAAUCGAUUUUGAAUGCGUGAUAAAUGGAUCAAAAUCCAGAAAUGUUAGUUUGUACGAGCUUUCCGAAAACCAUCACAUGGACAUGCAAGUAUUUAUCUUAAAUUGCCCCAUGCCAGACUUUAUACAAUUUGAUGAUAUUGAAUAUGUCGAGCUUCGACGUGAAGGAUCUUCAAAGCCGUUCACAAACGUUCCAGUGAAAUAUAGAAUCGAGAAUGAGAAGAAUAUGAAAAGCGAACCGAGAAUUCACAUGUCGAUUUGUGUGCCUGUUCUAUUUCCCGGCGCUUAUGAUGCAAAACGAAUCGUCGAAUUUAUUGAGUUGAACAGUUUACAAGGAAUCGAUCGAAUAUUUAUGUAUUACAAUCCAAAAACCCUAGAUGGGAAAAUGAAUAAAACGCUUCAAUAUUAUACGGAUAAUCACAUAUUGCAUUUGAUAAAUUUCCAAUUACCAUUUUCGGAGAAUGAUGUUUGGUAUCACGGGCAACUCAUCACCAUCACAGAUUGUCUCCUUCGUAAUUCGGGUCUUUCAAAAUACACAUUCUUCAAUGACAUUGACGAGUUCUUCGUGCCGAUGUCAAAUAUGUCGAUGAUGGAGACACUCAACCUUUUGUUCGUGAACACUUCAUCGGGUUCUCAACGGGUUGCAGCCAAUUUAAUAAAUCUCGAAAAUACUAAUCCACCAAUUACACUUCAUAAUAGUCAAGGGUCGAGCAAUUUAGAAACGCGAUAUACGAAAUGUGUGGUUCGACCAGAAAUGGUUUUUGAACAGGGUAUUCAUCAUACUAGCCGGGUAAUCCAAGACGACUACACAACCGAUGCGCACAACGGGUCACUUCUUCAAGUUUUUCAUUUUAAGAAAAGAAACACGUGCUGCGAAAAGCGUCUGGAAUUAAUAAAUGGGUAUUCAAAUGCCCUUAAAAAUCAAUUUGAAUACGUUGUGAAAAUUUUAGACCUAUAA